UUCUGGGUCAGAUAUAGGAAAAGACGUGUGGUCAAGUGUAUUUUGCAGCUACAAAACAAGGAGAUGGUGCAAUUAAAGAUGCUACCACUAAUUUAUGUUGGAAAUAUGGUAUUCUUGUUAGCGAAAGGAACAAACAUACAUUGUUCAUCGGAGAAACUGUGUAACUGCUCUCUGCAAAAUACAGUUAUCAUUGCUCAUUGUAAUGGACUAAAUUUAACCACAUCACCAAACUUUACAGAGGAUGUCCUAGUUAUUGAUUUGGGACUAAAUCGUAUUGAUGGUAUACCGCAAAAUUUGCCGAGUGGCUUGAUACUUCUAAAUUUAACUGGAAAUCCAUACUUACGAAAAAUCGAAAUCGAUGAUUUAGGAAGAUACAACAACCUUCAACACUUUGACGCAUCACAUUGCAGUUUAAGGAAUAUCAAAAAGUUUGCAUUUAGAAACAAUACAAAUCUUCAAUAUUUAGACAUCUCAAAUAAUCCUGAACUAACCUUGGAUGUACUAAAUAAUGUUACUCGUGAUUUAAAAUAUUCAAAUAUCACUACUCUUCGUCUAGAUAAACUUCAGUGCACCUAUAGCAUAAGUACCGUUUUUCGUACCGAUUACAUAAAACAUCUAAGUAACUCUCAUUUAAAAGUUCUGUCCGUUGCCUCGAAUAGAAUAUCCUAUUUCGAGCAUGAUGUAUUCGUGAGGUUGCCGAAUACAUUAGAAGAAUUAAAUGUCGGAGAUAAUAGUCUAGGCUUUGGAAGUUAUCUAUUAUUUCUAAGUAAUCUCAAAGGGUUGAAAAUUCUAAAUGCAACAUUUCAAAAUUCGUUUCACCUAACAAGAAGGAUUGGUUGUUUUUGUAACGAUUCUUGGAAUUCAAAUUUUCUCCAAGCCUCCACCCCUUGUGCAGGAGGAAUCAAUUAUCAAAAUGAAAUGAAUUUUAAGCCAUGUACAAAUGGCAACAGUAACCAUUCAAAAAUGAAUACAAACAUUCAUAUAUCUACAUUCGUUAGUGCCUCCUUAACUAUAUAUGGCCCUCCUAAUUUGGAGCGAUUCUAUUUUCACGAUAAUAUGUACAAACUGGAGGUACGAAAUUACCAAUUUAACUUAACUUACAGAAAACUUACCCAUCUGUUUCUACAAAAUAAUAUUCUUUAUAAGUUAUCUGGACCACUUCGAGGUCUCCAAAGCGUACAAUAUUUAGAUCUGUCAAAUAACUUAUGUGAAUAUAUUUCUGUUUCUUUCUUCGAUGAGUUUGAUGGAGUUAUUCAGCUUAAUUUAUCAAGAAAUAUGUUAAGCACUUGCAUUGAAAACGAUACUCAAGGUCAAAUUUUUCAGCGAUUAAUUAAACUGAAAAUUCUAGACAUAUCGUACAAUCGAGUAAGAAAAUUUCCACGUUUAAUCUUUCAAUAUUUAGAUAAUCUUUCGGAACUUUAUGUCAAGUUUAAUUCUUUGGAAACUUUCAACGUUUUGAUAUCUCACAUGCAAAAACUUUCAUUUUUGGACCUAUCUAAUAAUCAAAUAACAACACUUGAUGCGACGUUUCGUACUUCAUUACAAAGUAUUAUACUAAAAACCAAAUUUACUCAAAUAAAUUUAUAUAAAAACACACUUAAAUGCUCAUGUGAGGAAUAUGAUUUCAUGCAAUGGUUAAAAAAGUACAAAGACCACAUUUUAAAACUGUCAAAGUACGAAUGUAUUUCGCCUAAUUCAAGUAGUCUAAGUUUUAAAAAUUUAGAUCACAUUAUUUCGUCCAUGGAAAUGUUUUGUGCGACAUAUUUCAAUCUCAUAGUUGUACUUACCAUCAUAUUAUUUGUCAUUAUGACUAUCAUCGUUGGUGCGAUAUUAAACCGCUAUAGAUGGAGAUUAAGGUACCUUUACUUUCUCGCAAAAAGACGCUAUACAGAGGUUCAACAUUUACAACAAUCAAACACCGACUCAUAUCGGUACGAUGCCUUUGUCUCAUACGCUGAAGAAGACAAAGACUUCAUUUUGCGAAAAUUGAAUUUUCUUGAAAAAGAUAAUAACUUAAAAUUAUGUGUACACUGUAGGGACUUUAUUCCUGGAACGGAUAUUGCUGACAACAUUGCAAAUGCAAUUCAUAACAGUAGACGGACUUUGUGUGUUCUAACAUCAUUCUUUCUUGAUUCGUACUGGUGUAUGUAUGAAUUAAAUAUGGCAAGAAUGGAGUCUAUAUAUUCGAGAAAAGAACAAAAUAUUCUCUGUAUUGUUAUUCUAGACAAAACAGUAUUUGAAAAGGUUCCACUGAAAAUCGUUGAUUUGCUUGAAAGUCAAUCAUAUCUUGAGUAUCCUGAUAAUGGAAAUGAAGACCUGUCAUUUUGGAAUAAACUGUCCCUCACUUUGCAAUCUCCAGUGUCCUAGUGAUUGUAGACGUAACAGCUGCGUAGCAUUGAAGACAAUAAAAACGUUCAACGAGAUACAUACUGUUUUUAUCCCUAAUCAAAUGCUUAACAAUUUACAAAUAAAACUUGAUAAAGGUGUUUUCAAGAAAGGAAUGUAUAAUUCUGCAUCUAUUUUUCGUCAUGAAUAACAAAACAAUAGUGAAUGCAGUGACUGAAAACCUAGGACAAAGUUUAAAGACGACAGCUUACAAUACUAUUUGAAAAUUGAAGGCGGUCAGUCAUAAGGCGCUCAGCGAAUGACUUUACUGGAUUUUUCGCACUUUGUGAAUUUCACAGUCAAAAGUGAAAGGAUAGUGGAUGUACUACAAUCUGAGUGGCAAUUUUAUUUGUUUAUGUAUUCAUUCUUGUGCUUAAUUAUUACCGUAUACGCAAUUAAAUCUGUUUUUCA